CGCCCCGACCAUGGUAGUGUUCAAUGGCCUUCUUAAGAUCAAAAUCUGCGAGGCCGUAAGCUUGAAGCCCACAGCCUGGUCGCUGCGCCAUGCGGUGGGACCCCGGCCGCAGACUUUCCUUCUCGACCCUUACAUCGCUCUCAACGUGGACGACUCCCGCAUCGGUCAAACGGCCACCAAGCAGAAGACCAACAGCCCGGCCUGGCACGACGAGUUCGUCACUGAUGUGUGCAAUGGGCGCAAGAUCGAGCUGGCUGUCUUUCACGACGCUCCCAUCGGCUACGACGACUUCGUGGCCAACUGCACCAUCCAGUUCGAGGAGCUGCUGCAGAACGGGAGCCGCCACUUCGAGGACUGGAUUGAUCUGGAGCCAGAAGGAAAAGUAUAUGUGAUCAUCGAUCUCUCGGGGUCGUCGGGUGAAGGUAGGAGAGUGUAACCUCUCAUCUUUGUCCUGUUCUGUUGACCCUUUGUCCUCUUGGUCUCUCUCUUUCUUUCUUGGCUGGGACAUAUCACAGUGACAUUUGAUUAAUUGGCAUACUUUAAGGGAGAAGGUUAUUUUGAAGAUGCUACGCCUGUGUACCAAAAGGGACCAGCCAUCUGUUACUUGUGGAGCAGAGGGAAGAUUUCUGACUUACCAAAGUGAGGCCAAUAAAACAGGCAUUUUCACAUGCCAUGUGCAAGGCAGGUUCGGCAGAGUUGCAGCCUCUCCCAGGAGGCUUAAGUGGGGUUUGUCUGUGUGCAGUGAGGAGGAAGUAAAAGCAGUUGGUCUAACGGUAUU